AUGAACGCCGACGCCAGUGUUAUCGCCGUCCAGGGCCACCGCCAAGACAGCACGUCCUACGGCAGCCCCGGCAAGCGUAUCGCCGUGCCCGUGCGCGUCGAGCCCAAGGUGUUCUUUGCCAACGAGCGCACGUUCCUGUCCUGGCUCAACUUUGCCAUCGUGCUGGGCUCGCUGGCUCUGGGUCUGCUGAACUUUGGCGACUCGACAGGCAGGAUCGCCGGUGCUGCGUUCACGAUCGUUGCCAUGAUCGUGAUGGUCUACGCUUUGAUGCUGUUCCAGUGGAGGGCCGAGCGCAUCCGCCAGCGCGACUCGGGUCCGUACGACGACCGCAAGGGGCCGACGGUGCUCGUGGCCGUGCUGAUCUGCGCGAUCCUGGUCAACUUCUACCUGCGCUUCACCCACUCGGCGUGA